AGAAACACGACCGAACAAAGUGGAUAGGAUAAACCUUUGUCUUUCUUUAUCAACGAGAAAUACGAAUUCCUGUGAUCUGACGAUUAAUUGAAUACUCAUCACUGCGAAGUGGAAGUUCCAACAGGACAGACUUCGAGGUGCACUACGGUCGUCGUGAACGCAAGGCUAUUUCACGCGAGACACGAGACGACGAAGAUGGCCGGUUCAGGAAACGGUUGUAGUGCCGGCACAUUUUUGCAGAAGCUCGGUCUGCGGCCUGUCACGAAAUGCAGCCUCGCAAAAUUCUACGCGCCGGCAUUCGGAGCGGUCUCUUACACCGCGAUGUCCAUCGAUGUCAUGAAUCCUAGUCUCGUCAAAGUAUUUCAAACAAAGAAUGUUACGAAUUUCUUACUGGCCAGUACCUUGUUUGGCGUUGGAUCAUAUAUUUACACACGUGAGCACAUGAAGAGCGCACCAAACCAUAUGAGAAUCCUAUACAGUGGCACUGGUGCAGUAUUGCUGAGCUUUGGAUCGGUCUUAAUAUGGGCAGUACUUCGAGCCAUAAUACCACCGAAUCCAGCCCUCUGCACAGUAGCUGGUGUCGGCACGGGACUGACGCUCAUGAAAGUUAGUUCGAGCUAUCUUCAGUUUGUGGAUGGACAGAUAGCUAAAAAGUAGGCUGCUUUACUAUGUAUUUGUUUUUCUUUGCUUCUGUUUCAUUGUUUCUUUUUAUACAUUAUGAUCGAAACCACAACUACUGAAUAACUUCACCGAAGAGAAUCGUAACAGGGCAGAAGUCGUAACUUGCAAAACAAGAUGAGAUAUAAAUAUCGUAUUGAUACAUUUCAUUCGAUUCUUUUUCCUUUUUCGCGACAAGACAUCUUUGAGAAUGUAUUAUGUGUAACACAGUUAACGCUAUGCCCGAAUCAGUAAUCUCGUAUCUAUGCAUAAGAUUUCUUGAGUACAAAACCACAGAAAUAUUAAGCAAUCAAUAUAACAAUCAAAACUUAAAUUGUCAUGUCGCGCAAAAUUUGCUAUCGAAGAUUUUUGCAUUGAAAAUUGUUUUUUACCAUUUUUGAUGAAUAUUCUUAAACGUUCUGUCGUCUCGAUAUCGUUCACCACUCGUGCAACGUUGUUAUUGGCACUUGAUAAAAGUCCUUUAUUACACCAGAUAAAAAGUGCACGUUCUGAAAACUUAGACAAAUCCACGAUAGCGUCGGCGCGCUUAGGAAGCCGGAGGAUACGUGCGUCGUAUAUUUUAAGCUGUUUUGUAAGCUGUAUAGCAUUCGUACAGGAUGCCAGACCAUGCGUCGUCAUGUAGAUAAACAUCACAACCGUAAAUAUACACGUGCGAAUCGUACAAUUCGUACGGCACGGCAAAAGGAACAAAAAAA